GCCGCGAUGCUGGGCAUCGUGGAGCUGCUGCUGCUGGGGGCAGCGUGGCUGGCGGGCCCAGCCCGCGGGCAGAAUGAGACGGAGCCCAUCGUGCUGGAGGGCAAGUGCCUGGUGGUUUGCGACUCCAACCCUACGUCUGAUCCCACGGGCACAGCUCUGGGCAUCUCUGUGCGCUCCGGCAGCGCCAAGGUGGCUUUCUCUGCCAUCAGAAGCACCAACCACGAGCCGUCCGAGAUGAGUAAUCGCACCAUGAUCAUCUACUUCGACCAGGUACUAGUGAACAUCGGGAACAACUUUGAUUCAGAACGCAGCACUUUCAUCGCCCCGCGCAAAGGAAUCUACAGUUUUAACUUCCACGUGGUAAAAGUCUACAACAGACAGACCAUCCAGGUGAGCCUCAUGUUAAACGGGUGGCCGGUGAUUUCAGCCUUCGCUGGUGACCAGGACGUAACCCGGGAGGCCGCCAGCAACGGAGUUCUAAUCCAGAUGGAGAAAGGCGACCGAGCAUACCUCAAGCUGGAGCGGGGAAACUUGAUGGGGGGCUGGAAGUACUCGACCUUCUCCGGAUUCCUCGUUUUUCCCCUCUGACUGGC